UUGUGUCAUCGUUGAUCCUACAGCCUCUCAUUUUCCGUUAGUCAGCUUAAAAGUUUCCCUACUCUCUCGUCCGCACUAUGAACGGUUGAUAUCCGUUUCCUUCCACAUUGGACGGACUAGCUAGCGAAGAUGGCGGCGGCAGAAUCUGAUCGUGAAGUACCGUCUGCUCUGUGUACUGAAUUCCUGAAUUUCUCUGCCAAGGACACAGCUUCGACAUGGCUCCAAGUGACCGACCUGUACAAGGAGGUGUACCAGCACCUGGCCCGCUAUGUACCCAAGAUCUACUGCCUGGGGCCCAACCUGAACCCCCAGAGUGAGGACCUGCUGGCCCAGCUGCUGCUGCAGGCCCCUCUAGAGUGGUACCUGUGUGGGGAGGACCCAUCCACGGGCCUUGCCAAGCUGGAGCAGAACAACCAGCCAUCACAGCUCUGUGGACACGUCUUCAGAGUGGGAGAGCCCACCUACUCAUGCAGGGAAUGUGCUGCAGACCCCACCUGUGUGCUUUGUAUGCAGUGUUUCCUGGGCAGUGUGCAUAAAGAACAUCGCUACAGGAUGACGACCUCUGGGGGAGGGGGUUUCUGUGAUUGUGGAGACACAGAGGCCUGGAAGAAGGGCCCUUACUGUCAGAAACAUGAGCCCAACAUCAGUGACUCUUGUCAGGAGGAUCCCCUUGCCCACCUGUCAACAGACAUGAUUGCCCGCUGUUACAAUGUCUUCUCUAUUGUGCUGAAAUACGCCGUGGACAUGCUCACCUGGGACAAGGAGGACGAGCUGCCCCCGGGCCUAGAGCCUCCAGACCGAGGGGACACCUAUUACUGCAUGCUCUUCAAUGACGAGGUGCACACCUACGAGCAAGUCAUCUACACCCUCCAGAAGGCUGUCAACUGCACCCAGAAAGAAGCAGUCAGCUUCGCCACCACAGUGGACAGAGAUGGAAGGAAAUCAGUGCGCUUUGGCGACUUCGCGUUCUGUGAGCAGGCCAAGUCAGUCAUUGUGAGGAACACGAGUCGUCAGUCAAAGCCCUUGAGGGUCCAGGUAAUGCACUCCUCGGUGGUGGCUCACCAGUGCUUUGCUCUCAAAGCCCUCCACUGGCUGGGCCACGUCAUAGGAUACUCAGAUGCUCUGAGGAGGAUCCUGUGUCAGGUGGGCCUGGAGAGAGGGCCAGAGGGAGAGAACUCCUCCCUGGUGGACACACUCAUGCUCUGUGACUCCAAGAUGUGGAAAGGGGCCAGGAAUGUCUACCACCAGCUCUUUAUGAGCAGCCUUCUCAUGGACCUCAAAUACAAGAAGCUAUUUGCUAUCCAGUUUGCAAAAAAUUACCGGCGCCUCCAGACAGAUUUUAUGGAGGAUGAUCACGAGCGUGUAGUGUCAGUGACCUCUCUGUCAGUUCAGCUCUUCACCGUCCCCACCAUGGCGCGCAUGCUGAUAACAGAGGAGAACCUGAUGACCACAAUCAUCAGGACUUUUGUGGACCACCUGCGCCAUCGUGACCUGCAGGGCCGCUUCCAGUUUGAGCGCUACACCGCCCAGCAGGCCUUCAAGUUCCGCCGCGUACAGAGCCUCAUUGGAGACCUCAAGUACGUCCUCAUCAGUCGGCCCACAGAGUGGAGUGACCAACUCAGGGAGAAGUUCCUGGAGGGACUCGACACCUUCCUGGAGCUGUUCAAGUGCAUGCAGGGCAUGGACCCUGUGGUGAGGCAGGUGGGCCAGCACAUAGAGAUGGAGCCUGAGUGGGAGGCAGCCUUCACCCUGCAGAUGAAGCUCACACAUAUCAUCUCCAUGAUGCAGGAGUGGUGCGCCACAGAUGAACGUGUGCUGAUUGAAGCCUAUAAGAAGUGCCUAACAGCCCUUACACACUGCCACAGCGGCUUCACCGAUGGAGAGCAGCCAAUCACACUGAGCAUGUGUGGACAUUCUGUGGACACCAUCCGUUACUGCGUGUCUCAGGAGAAAGUCAGCAUCCACCUGCCUGUUUCCCGCUUACUUGCAGGUCUCCACGUUCUCCUCAGUAAGAUGGAGGUGGCCUACAGAUUCCCUGAGCAGCUUCCACUGAGUGAGCUGAGCCCCCCCAUGCUGAUAGAACACCCCCUUCGCUGCCUGGUCCUCUGUGCCCAAGUGCAUGCUGGGAUGUGGAGGAGAAAUGGCUUCUCAUUGGUGAAUCAGAUCUACUACUACCACAAUGUCAAGUGCAGAGUGGAGAUGUUUGACAAGGACCUCAUCAUGCUGCAGGCCGGAGCUUCCAUGAUGGAUCCCAACCACUUCCUGAUGAUAGUCCUGAGCCGCUUCGAGCUCUACCACAUCUUCAGCUCCGCCGACUGCAGGAAGAGAUACAACAGGGAGAACACCAACAAGGACGUGGUCCAGCAGAACAACACUCUAAUAGAGGAGAUGCUGCAUCUCAUCAUGAUGGUUGUGGGUGAGCGUUUUGAGGCUGGCGUCGGCCAGGUGGAAGGCUGUGACGAGAUCAAGAGGGAGAUCAUUCACCAGCUGUGUAUCAGACCCAUGGCCCACAGCGAGCUGGUCAAGGCCCUGCCUGAGAACGAGAACAAGGAGACUGGUAUGGAGAGGGUGAUCGACUGUGUUGCUUCGUUUAAGAAGCCUGGCGUGACAGGCAGAGGGCUGUAUGAGCUCAGGCCAGAGUGUGCCAAGCAGUUCAACCUCUACUUCCACCACUACUCCCGAGCUGACCAGUCCAAGGCAGAGGAAGCCCAGAGAAAGCUGAAGCGACAGAAUGGAGAGGACAUGGCCCUGCCUCCUCCGAUGCUGCCCCCGUUCUCCCCGCUGUUUGCCAGCCUGGUGAACAUUCUGCAGUGUGAUGUGCUGCUGGGGAUGCUGGGAGCCGUGCUGCAGUGGGCCGUGGAGCCCAGCGGAGGGCACUGGUCAGAGUCCAUGCUGCAGAGGGUGCUCCACCUGAUAGGCACGGGUCUGCUGGAGGAACAGCAGCAGUUGAAGAACAGCAGUGAAGACCACGAUGUCUCUUUCAACUUCACCCUCAAAAUCUCCCGACCAGGGGAAGCCCCCAGUAACACAGCCAGUGUCCUGGCCCUCUUAGAGAACCUACAGAACGCCCCUCACCUGGAGGUCCACAAGGACAUGAUCCGCUGGAUCCUCAAGAUGGUGGCCAGCAUUAAGACGAUGCGGGAGCUGACUGCCUCCACCUAUACGGUGACCGCCAGCGGGAGUCACGGUCAGGAAGAGAUGGUGUGUGACAAGGACAAGGCGGAGAGGAAGAGGAAGGCGGAGAUGGCUCGCCUGCGCAGGGAGAAGAUCAUGGCCCAGAUGUCAGAGAUGCAGAGACACUUUAUCAAUGAGAACAAGGAGCUCUUCCAGCAGAGUCUAGAGGAGCUGGAUGCCUCCACCUCUACCUCACUGGAGCACAGCCCCACUUCAUCAGACGCAGCCCUGGUGUGUGUGGGUCACAGGAGGUCUCGUCCCAGGGAGAAGAGGCAGGUGGUGACGUGUAUCCUGUGCCAGGAGGAGCAGGAGAUCAGGGCUGACAGCAAGGCCAUGGUGCUGGCUGCCUUCGUCCAGCGCUCCACCGUCAUGUCCAAGAACCGCAAGAGACCGCCGCACGACCCCGAGCAUUACGACCCUCUCUUCAUGCACCCUGACCUGUCGUUUGGCACACACACAGGCAGCUGUGGCCACAUCAUGCACUCUCACUGUUGGCAGAGGUAUUUUGAGGCGGUGCAGGCCAAGGAGCAGCGGCGUCAACAGCGACUGCGCGUCCACACCAGCUACGAUGUGGGGAACGGGGAGUUCCUGUGUCCGCUGUGCGAGUGCCUCAGUAACACUGUCAUUCCACUGCUCCCCGGCACCAAGGGUUCCAACAGUUGUGAGCAGCCUGGUCUUGGUCAGUGGCUAAAGAUCAGUGGUCAGCAGAUCAAGGCCAUGCACUCUGCCCACAGGAAACUCCAGCCCGUCGGUGUUGACGCUGUUGAAGAGAUGGUAGAAGAGGGGUGCCCUGCCCCUGAGAGUUUUAGAAUAGACUACACGCCCAUGAGUCCUUACUCCAGCACCAUAAAGGAGAUGCUGACGACGUUUGGGACGGCGACCUACAAAGUUGGCCUUAAGGUGCACCCCAACGAGCAGGACCCCCGCGUGCCCAUCAUGUGCUGGGGCAGCUGUGCCUACACCAUCCAGUCUAUCGAGCGACUGUUGGUGGACGAGGAGAAGCCUUUAUUUGGAAGUUUACCUUGCAGACAGGAUGACUGCCUGAGCUCCCUGGCCAGGUUUGGCUCAGCGUGUUGGACUGCAGCCUCUCAGCCCUCCGUGCAGGGCCACUACAUCAGACUGGUAGCAGCAUUGAUUCCAGACCCCCAGGUGGAGACCUCUCCCUGUAUCCUGGACAUAGACAUGUUGCACCUUCUGGUGAGUGUGGUGCUGUCUUACGGGUCGGUCCAUUCCCAGGACUCUUCAGGGCUGAGCGUAGACGCUGUCCAGUUGCACUUUUUCCACCUCAUCACUGUGGCUCACAUGGUCCAGAUGCUGCUCACGUCAGGCCCAGAGGAGGUGACCAUGGAGCAGGAGAGUGGGGGAGCAGAGAGGGAAGAGGAGGAGGACAUUUGUGCUCUCUACAACACCCUCAGAACACACCUGGGAAGUUCCCUGCCUGAGGUGGGCUCUGGUUGGCACCUGUGGCGUUGCGUGAAGACUGGCAUCUUGCCCUACCUGAGAGGAGCUGCACUCUUCUUCCACCACCUUAACGGGGUUCCUACGCCCCCAGAGCUGCAUGCUCUGUGUCCUGGUCAGUGGGAGGUGCUGUGUGGAUACCUCAGUCUGCCCUCCAACCUGCUUCAGCUUUACCACAGUCAAAAGGAGCUACUAGAGCCCUUACUGCACGGGUGGUGCUCUCACCCAGGUGUACGACAGACCCUCCAGGGAGGUGGCGUUCUCGUGAGUUUCCCUCGGGAGUCCAACAGCCUGAUUGACCUCCCAGAUGACUACAGUGCCCUCAUAAACCAAGCAUCCAGCUUCACGUGCCCUAAGUCGGGUGGGGAUAAGUCCCGUGCUCCCACCCUGUGCCUGGUGUGUGGUUCCAUGCUGUGUUCUCAGAGCUACUGCUGCCAGACAGAGCUAGAUGGAGAGGACGUGGGAGCCUGCACCGCGCACACCUUCGCCUGCGGAGCUGGAGUAGGCAUCUUCCUCAGAGUGCGAGAGAGCCAGGUUCUGUUCCUGGCUGGUAAAACUAAGGGCUGUUUCUACGCUCCUCCUUACCUGGACGACUAUGGAGAGACGGACCAGGGCCUAAGGCGGGGGAACCCAUUGCACCUGUGCCGCCAGCGCUACCGCAAGAUCCAGAAGCUGUGGCGCCAGCACAGCGUCACAGAGGAAAUAGGGCACGCCCAGGAGGCCAACCAGACCCUGGUGGGUAUCGACUGGCAGCACCUGUGAUGUCAUAGGUUACUAUAGGUCCCACCCACCAGAGUCGGAUACACCCCUUCUCCCAACAUGGGGACUCUGCACAUGAGAGAGCAGCAGUAUGGUGGACAUGGCAACAGAGCCCCACCUCUCUCGCUCCUCCCCCUCUAACCCCUCUGUCGGGGAGUGGAUGUAUGUUUUUCUCCUUUUUCUUUUUGCUGUUUCUCCCUGGAAAGAAUGUGUUCCUCUCUAUUUUCUUUCUGAUUUAUUAUAAAAUAUAUAUAUUAUAAAGCAUAUAGCUGACACAUCGGGCCACCGGGGUCGGGGGUGCAACAUGAAUAUUCCAGAGUAUAACUUCUUUAUAGGAAUGUUAUUUAAUUUCUGCCUAUUCAAAUAGGAUGUAAAUGAUUUCUAAGGUAGAUAGAUGGCUGCCGUGUUGGAUUGCUUUGAUACUAAACAUUUUGAGUAAGCACAAGGUUUUCAUCCCUGCUUUUGUCAGCCAGUGACUGCUCAUUUCAGAGUUUGGGCCAAAAUCUCAUCUGAUAGGUGAGGUCAGAUUGUGCCCUUAACAGUAUCAGGGUCAAUUCUAUUUCAAUUCUUUUGAAUUUAAGUUUGAACUCAAGAGCCGAAAAAUCCAAAUUGAAAAUAAAUAGUGCUUUUCAGCUUUGAAUUAGAAUUUCAAUUCGUCUUGAAAUUGAUUGACCCCAACACGCUAUGUGAGAGCCACUGCUGACCCAUUGCAGUGUGGGGGUUACAUUCUCCCCCCCGCUGCAAUCAUUGAAUACUUUCUCCAGUCUGAUGGACACCCAAAUACACAGUGCAGUAACACACCAGUGUUUGCGUGUUGUAACUCCCGAGGGCCUGUGUUUUGGUUUUUCAAUUUGUCCGUGUGUAUGUUGGCGUGCGUGUGAAAUCUUUUUGCAGGUUAUGUUUCUGUGCAUUUUGAAUGUGUCCAGACUGUUCGUUGUCAACUAUUUGUUUUUUAACACUAUAUUUAAGGAAACCUGAUAUGAGCCUUUACCGCAGGGCUGUCUCUUCCUUUUGUGGUAAUAUGUGGUUGGUUGGAGAGCCAUGUAUUCUCUUUAACUUUUUAUCUGACGUGGAUGUUGUGCAUUGAUGGGGUUUGUUUGUUUGUUUUGGUAAUUGUUUUUGUAUUGUCAUUUUUUGGAUCUCUGAGAAGAGUGCAGGAACAUAUCCCUUUAACCUUUUUUCAUGUAUGGACUGUGAAGUUGUCAUAAGUAGGGCCUGUGGGCUUGCCUGACGACCUGACCUGGAAAACAACUCUGGACCUAGCUUUAGUCUAUAAGUAAAGGCCAGAGUUGUGUUUUUGGUCAGGUCAGGUAGUCCUAUCCCUAAUCAUAAGGUUGUCUCUGGACUGUACCAUUACCACACCUACAGAGGGGGCAGCAGUGUGUGACAUGACAGGUAGACUGAAAUAUCAUCCUUAAGCUCAGAAACUUAACAGGUUAAUCACACGCAGGCACUUUAGAGGAACACACCGACACACACACACACACACACACACACACUGCUCUCUGAUGCAGGGUCUCCCUGAUGCUGGGACCUGACGCUCUAUAAUUCUUCCUCCUAUCACUCCUUUGGCAUAUUCUCAUGGUAACCAUCCACAACCCCAUUCUUCAACACACUCCCAAUAUCGAGGCUGCAUCAUUAUUUUCAUGUCACAGACUUGUUAAUAUGUUAAUUAUUGUAUAAAUGAGUACAUUGUACUAUAUUGUAAAAUGAUACCUAAUUAAAAAGGAAAAGGAA